AUGAGCGGAAAUCGCCUAUCUGCACCGGCAUUCCAACAAAGUGCAAGUGCUGCUGCUUAUCGGCAUCAGAAAACGAUGUUAAUGGUGUAUGAGCAGCCCAUCCCAAUGAGCAAAGGACAAAUACGGUCCCUGUUUCUGGUGAAUUCUUUACCAUUCAUCGGUUUUGGAUUCCUCGAUAACCUGAUCAUGAUCUGCGCUGGAGAAUACAUUGAUCAGGUGAGCUCUAUCUUCUCAUUGUUUUCAAUAUUAUACGCUGUUGUUGUUUGGCUUUUUACAGAACUUUUGUAUCUUGAGAUUUAUACAUGUGCUUCUUUUUGCAUUUUGCCUACGUACUUGGGCUGAAA